AUGGAUAUUACGAAUGGACAAGUGGUAGCUGGUGGCAAUGGCCAAGGAAAACGAUUGGAUCAAUUGAAUGAGCCAACUGAUGUGCUGAUUGACAAAGAGACUAAUAGUCUUAUUAUUUGCAAUACUGAACGAGUCGUACGAUGGUCUCAUCUUAGUGGCAUAACUCAAGGAGAUAUCCUCAUCGACAAUAUCAAUCCUUGGGGAUUGGCCAUGGAUAAUCAGAGAUAUCUCUACAUCUCUGACACCGGCAAACAUGAAGUAAGACGAUAUCAAAUAGGAGACAAGAAUGGAACUCUUGUGGCUGGUGAGAAUGGCGCAGGUGCUGGUCUUAAUCAACUCAACGAGCCGAGAUACCUCUUUGUCGAUCAACAACAGACUGUCUACGUGUCAGACAACAAGAAUCAUCGUGUGAUGAAAUGGAAUAAAGAUGCAAAAGAAGGAAUUGUCGUCGCUGGAGGUCAAGGCCAAGGGAAUGCUCUGACACAAUUGUCGUAUCCUAAAGGACUGUUCGUCGAUACGUUGGGUACCAUCUAUGUGGCAGACUCGUGGAAUCAUCGAGUGAUGCGCUGGCCUAAAGGAGCGAAGCAAGGCACUGUCAUUGUGGGUGGAAAUGGUGAAGGAGCAGAAGCAAAUCAGUUCAACUAUCCUCGUGGUUUGUCCUUCGAUCUACAAGGCAAUCUCUACGUCGUCGAUUGGGGAAAUGAUCGUGUUCAACGAUUUUCUAUUGAAUGA